CCCCUAAGGCAUUUAGUGCUUUUAAGGCAUAGUUAUAAACAAGCUGCCGAAACGCCAGCACACGGAGAUGCGGGCGGUAGGGCCGGGGGGCAGGGAGAGGAUCUGUUUCCUUGGGUCUGGAGCAGGCGUAGCUCCAAAAGGUGCAAGGGGGAAACGUGCCGCUUCUGCAAGGACACGCAGAGCUCACACCGCCUCCGAGCAGGCCGCCGGAACGGUUCCGAGCACCGGGGCCUGCCCCUCGCUCGGGCAAUGCCGCCGUGCUGACCCCCACCACGGGCCUCCCUCGGCGCCCCUUCCCCUUCUCCAGGCUCCUACCUCCCCCUCCACCCCCUCGGUGCAGCCCCCCUCCGUCCCCAAAGCACCCGCAAGCAGCCCCAAAUCCUCCAGCGGCCGUCUCUGCGCUCCCCCGCGCAUCCCUCGGCGGGUCGGUCGCGGGCCGGGGGGGCCGAAGGGCGGCCGCCGGGGGUGUCGGAGGAGGCCGCAGCGCCGCGAAACGGGGCGGAGGGGCGGGGGUGGCCGCCGGCGCUGCGGGCUCAUUGGGAAGCAAGGGCAGGUUGUGCCUGUGCGUGUGCGCGCCGGGCGAUGCCUGCAGCUGCUUGAUGGGGCGGUGGGGAGAAAUCGCUCAAGCACGCACGUCUAGCUUUGCUCUUUCUCCAGAAAACAAAACAAAACAAAACAAAAACAACAAAACAAAACAACAAACAAACAAAACAAAACAAACAAACAACAAACCAAAACAGGCUAAAGAUCACCUGAAGAAGGAGCUGGGAAGUACACGAGACCUGAACUGGCCUUCUCUUCACCUUUGGCUGGGUUCACAGGAAAGGUCUCUAAGAGUCUCAGCAGCCCUGGCUGGCCAUUACCGCACCUACACUUGUACACUUCAACUGCUCAUUAAAGCUUCGUUUCUUCUUCCACCACAUGGGGGAAGGGCCCUUCAAACUCAUUUCUGAAAUAGCUUUCAUUAGGACAAACUCGGGCCCACGAUGCUGUAAUACUGAUCUGGACAGAUCGCAGAACUGUUUUUUACCUUACUCUAAUGAAUAUGAGAGUAAGCUUUCUUUCACCAGGAAGCAUGAAGCAAGUCUUUUGUGUAACUUGGGACUUUUCUAAACGUUCCUCCUCUCUCAUCUGUGUUUUAAAUCCUGUCCAUGUGCAAAAGGAUCAAGGAAUUUAACAUUUCAAAGCUCAUACUUUGGGUGAAAACCACCCACUUUUUCAAUAUCCAUAGAAAUGCACGCAUAUACGGUUCAUUUCUUUUUAUUAGUUAAGAUUCUGUUUUGUUACUUUCUGUUUUAACCGCCUCAUGCACACACGCACACAACACACACACAUGCACACACGCACAUGCACACAGAGGAGGACUGGAGGUCUUUUCGAUAGCAGACACAUUCCCACAUUCUCCUUCAGGCCAGCUUGUGAAGUGAGCGACUUUUGCUUUUAAGUUCCUCUAUUCUCCAUUCCCACUACACGAACAACACCCUCCAAAUUUCUUUCUCUCUUCUAAUUUAGGACCAAACUUCUGAGUUUAAUAAAGAAGGAAAGCUGGUUCUUAAUUUUACAGUUUCAGAGAGCAGGACUGCAGUUACCAGUUGGAUCGAUUAAAGAAAAUUCUUUAUUUGAGGGUAUGUGCCCCAGAAAUUACCUUGACAUGAUCCUCCCGGGGAUUUGGGGGAAGAGGGAGGGCAACCCGGGAUUACUCUCUUUUCAGGAUCCCUAGAGAAAUGCGUAUACGUUGCAGAAGGGAAAUGUCCUUUCCGUGUGCCGUCCCUCCUCCCUCCUUGUCUCCCCUCACCCUCCCCGCACGCCUGUGUGUGUCUGUCCGUCUGAAACGGAUCUGUCUGUCGAAAAUGGGCCUGGAACUCCCUCCUGUGUUGGGAUUAGGUCUUGGGGGACCUGGGGUGGAGUUACAAUGCUUGCCUAUUUUCAUAUUCAUUAGAAAUGGGAGGUUGCAUAAGGAUCCCUGCUGAGCUUCAAGAUAUAAAAGCAACUUCGGGUUCCCCCUUUCAAGACAAGACAAAUCAAAGGUUCAGAGGCAAAACAGCUCCCUGAGCUCUGAAAGUCUUUCCCUCCCUCCUUCCUUCCCUCCUAUCCACUCACCCGCUCUCCCUCCCCUCCUCACAGUCCAGCCUCUGUCUAGGGAAGAGGCUCUCAAGCAGCCUUAGAUGAUUAUGGAUUUUCUGAGCGAGAAGUUUGCCCUGAAGAGUCAGCCGAGCAAAAACAGUGACUUUUACAUGGGAGCAGGAGGUACUUUGGAGCACGUUAUGGAAACUUUGGACAAUGAGUCCUUUUAUAGCAAAACGUCAGGCAGCAAAUGUGUGCAGGCCUUCAACCCUCUGCAAAGGGCUGAGCAUCAUGUGAGGCUGGACAGGACAUCACCCUGCCAGGACAAUAACGUGAACUAUGGGAUUACUAAAGUGGAAGGACAGCCUCUUCAUGCAGAGCUGAACAGUCCCUUGGACAAUUGCAACAAUCUCAGGAUGUCUCCGGUGAAAGGGAUGCAGGAGAAGGGGGAACUGGAUGAACUUGGUGAUAAAUGUGACAGCAAUGUCUCCAGCAGUAAGAAGAGGAGACACAGAACAACUUUCACCAGUUUGCAGCUGGAGGAACUGGAGAAAGUAUUCCAGAAAACCCAUUACCCUGAUGUCUAUGUAAGGGAACAACUAGCUCUGAGAACAGAGCUCACUGAGGCCAGAGUACAGGUUUGGUUCCAGAAUCGAAGAGCAAAAUGGAGGAAAAGAGAACGUUAUGGUCAGAUCCAGCAAGCUAAGAGCCAUUUUGCUGCCACUUAUGAUAUAUCUGUUCUUCCAAGGACUGACAGCUACCCUCAGAUUCAGAACAAUCUGUGGGCAGGGAAUACAGCUAGCGGUUCUGUGGUUACUUCCUGCAUGCUACCACGAGAUACUUCCUCCUGUAUGACACCUUAUUCCCAUUCACCCCGGACAGAUUCUGGAUACACAGGCUUUUCAAACCACCAGAACCAAUUCAGCCAUGUGCCCCUCAAUAAUUUUUUCACUGACUCUUUACUUUCUGGGACAACCAAUGGACAUGCUUUCGAAACCAAGCCGGAAUUUGAAAGGAGGUCCUCCAGCAUUGCAGUUCUACGGAUGAAAGCCAAAGAGCAUGCUGCCAAUAUUUCCUGGGCCAUGUAAAAUAGCAGUAACUUUUGGUUUUCUUUUUACUUAAUUUUUUUUUUUUGCUUUUGCUUUUUUUUUUGUUUGUUUUGUUUAUAGCAAACUGAAAACAAUUUAAUUUUGCAUAUUUAAAGGACACAAAAAUAAGCUGCUGUGUGUGGAAUGAUAGAAAUCACAAUAUACAUGGUCUGCUUUAAAAAAAAAAAAAAAAAGCAAUAUAAUAUUUAACAAUAAAACAUAAGAAUAAACCAAAUAGAUCUACCAUGCAUCAAGCUCAACAAGCCAUUUUAUAUAUAUAUAUAUAUAUAUAAACAUGUUUUGUUUUACCAGUUGAUGAAAUGUGAUUAUAGAACCUCAAAAAAGAAUAAACCUAUUAAGAAAACUUGUCUACUCCAUUGUUUUUUAUCAGUCCUCUAGGCAAAAUUAAUACUUUAGAAAUGAAUACUCCAUCAGGGAAGAACUCUGUAAAGGAAAAUAAAUUUAUUAGACAAAAGCCAUGAGGUAAAUCUCUAAGCACUCCAUGCAGAGAAGGAAAUAUAUGAUCAUCUAUGUUGUAGGUGAAAUCUGUAGACCUGACUCUCUCAGCACUGUGCUGCUGCUCUUAGCUCACUGGACAAUUGUUGUAUUAGUGCACAAUGAAAAGAGAAAGUUUUUAUUCUCUUUAUUUUAUGAACCUGAAUGUAUUCCUAUUAAAGAUAACAAGAUUUUUAAUGAAGAUAUCACUAAAAGCAGUAUCACACUGAUUAAUGGAGCUUCAAGGAAAUGCACAGGUUGUGUAGAUCAAUUAGUGUUUGAAUAAAAUCUUUAACAUUGCAGAUAGAGUAUCUUGAAACUUAGGUGACCAAGGAGGGCAUGGAAAAGUACUGCAACACUUUCAAGAGAAUCCAGAUUUAGAAACAAAACACAA